UUCCUCACACCAGCCCGUAUGGUGACGUAGAAAAUCUUAUCACAUACGAGUUCCGCUGGGCGGGAGCAUUGGAUUUUGCUUUGCUUAUUGUUAGUUACUUGUGCUCUGGUGUAGAAUCGUUUGUUUUUGAAGCUGGUAAUAAUGAUGAACUGCUUGAACGUGUCUGCUGUUUUACCCACUUCUCCAAGCAAAGUGAGGGGUCAGAUCCAGGUCAUAUUUGGACCCAUGUUCUCCGGAAAAAGCACUGAGCUGUUGCGACGCAUCAGAAGAUUCCAGGCAGCCAAUUAUAAAUGUGUGCUUAUUAAGUAUGCCAAGGAUGUUCGCUAUACAACAAAUGGAGUUUCUACACAUGACAGGUACAGUAUGGAUGCUGUAACAGCAAACUUGUUGUCUGACGUAUAUCAAGACGCUCUAAAUCACCAAGUCAUUGGAAUUGAUGAAGGGCAGUUUUUCCCAGAUGUGGUAGACUUCUGUGAAAUAUUGGCAAACAAUGGGAAGAUUGUAAUUGUUGCAGCACUAGAUGGCACAUUCCAGCGAAAGGCAUUUGGGAAUAUCUUGAAUUUGGUCCCACUGGCAGAAAAUGUGGUUAAACUGAAUGCGGUCUGUAUGGAAUGCUAUAGAGAUGCUUCAUACACCAAAAGACGAGGAGCAGAAAAGGAGGUUGAAGUGAUUGGAGGUGCAGACAAGUACCAGGCAGUGUGCAGGACGUGUUAUAAUAAACCUUAUUCUCCAGCUAAGGAUAAAGAAAACUGCAGUCUUGUAUGUCGUCAAGAUGAGACACCACCUCAAUUCAUAGCUGGACGCCCAGUUGAUACCAAAUCAACAAGAAGACUUUUUGAGUUGUGAUUGGCUUUUCCUACAACUAACUCCUCUUCGGACAGUAAAUUUGAAUACUGUAAUUUUUAACACUUGGAGCUUUUCUCCAGGCUGCAGAGAUGGGUUAUAUCAAUGGAAAAACUGAUAAUGAAUGGGGGAGAUUUUAUUUUUUCUAAAAUGUAAUAUUGGAUGCUAAGAGCAGUAUAACUUGCCAUGCAGCUUGAUGCUGUUUUUGUCUUUUUUUUUUGCAAUGUUUUUAACUGAAGUAGUCUGAGACACUUGUGACUUUUGGAUAGUAUAUACCUUUUUAGUUUAGUGAUGUGAUAUUCCAGUCUGCUUUAUCAAAAAUUUGCUUUUGAUGUUUUUGGUAAUGAAUUUUUGACUGAUGUGACUUUACUUGCAGUUUCGCCUAGCAAGUGCCAAAUGAGUUACUGCUGAUUUAGUGAUGACCAAAAGCACUUUUCUUUUAGUAUUCCUAAAUGAAAUAUACUUGAUGCAGAAGCUGAUGACAUUGGAUUAUAUGAUCUGUGGACUUUGGUCAUUUGACUUUUGUUGGGCAUAUUUUGUAAAAUCUAAGGACACGCUUGUCAUAGAUUAGACAUCUGCCCACAUCAUCAUCAUCUUUUCGUUGCAGUUCUAAGACAAGGUCAUGAGAGAGUUGUGUAGCCUCUUUCCAGGUUAGAAAAUGCAGUGGAUGCAUUGGGUAGGUGUGCAACAAUGGCCUCUAUUAUUAGGAGACGUGAUUGGCCGAGGAUAGUGUCCCAGCCAGAUCAUGUAAAGGCACCAUUUCUUAGGUCCUCAUUAGACUAGGACUUGCUAUCUGGCUGCCUGACUUGAGCAGGUUUUUUUUUUUUUUUUUUUUUUAAGAUGAAGAAAGCAGAAGACAGUGAGACCAGAGAAAUAGCUGUUUCACCCCUUGCCACAUGUAGUAGAAAAUACUGCACUAAAGGCUGGCCCUUUGAAGUUGAGAAAAUGGUGAACAACUAAAGAAGAAAGGCCAGUUCAAAAGAAAGUGGCACUGACCAAAAGAAGCCUGGGUGCCCUCGGGGCUGUGGCACCACAAGAGAUCAGCUGAGACUCUGCAGAGCCUUUCCAUCCUCUGCCCCUUAAAGCCUUCCUUCCCCUCCACUGUCCUUUUUUCUCACACCCCAAAUAUUCAUAAAGUGUCAGAUGGUAUCAAAGUAUAGGAGGAAUUUUUAUUGAGAUUUUUGAGUCUUUAGCAUUUUGAUAAGCUUACAGGCUCAUGGUCAUACAAGACCUUGGUUUAUAGGCAGCCAAGUGAACAAAGAAAUGUAAUCAAAGACAUGUUCAUGGAUCUUUUUAAAUCAGAUUUGAUCCUCAGGGCAUCCACCAUCCUUAUUUCAAGAGGAUUUCUUGGUAGAUCAGAUGAGGAGAGGAGGCAGACCCUCUAAAAUGGAUUAUGAGCAGUGACAUUUCUGGGUUUGGUUUGGAGGGUGCUAGAGAUGAUCCCUUUUGCUUAUCCAGAAAACUGCUAAACCUUUUGCACUAAAGCAACAGAUGCAUUCUCAAUAAGAUGGCAAGUCUGUUUAUAUUUUCCUUUCCUCCUUGCGAUCAUACAGAAGAUAGAAGGCAUGCAAAAAAUGCUUCUCUUGGCAACAUUUUGGUUUUGACGGCACUGGAUCGAUCUCUUCUUGAUGUUAGAAUAAAGAAUUUUCUGCUGCUACCUUGGAAUCUGCAGAAAUAACACCCUUACUAAGGACUUUACAACUUAGAGCUCCAAGAAAAAGCCAUCUUCUCCAUGGGAGCUCUGUUAGAAAAAUUAGCACUACCACUAUUUAAAUCUGCAACACUCCUGAAAUACCUGACUUAGACUUUUAAGUUGUCCUGUCAUGUGCCAGACAACUGUCAUCUCUUACAAAGCUAGAGUAACCUCCUACACCAGCCCCACCUUCAUACCCAAGGCUGUGACAGAAGACUGUCUAAACUGCAUACUCCACAAAACAUAGGAUAAGGAUCUUGCACACCCUGGAUGUGCAUGGGUAGGUAAGAGGUUACCCAGAAAGGACUAAAAAUUAGACUAGUUAUACCCUUUGCAAAAGUCAGGGAGGGGCAGGCUUCUAAUACUAGACCAUUUCAAAAUAGCUAGCCACAUCUCGUGUUUGUGCUGUGGCAGGAAUGUAUCAGUGCAGGUGGAAGUCUAGUCCAGUACAGCAACAGCUGCCACUUCAACCUUUCUUAGUGGGUCAAGCACAUAGGCUUGAAAGCAAUGACCGGGGUAUACGUGCACGUUGUAACAAAUACAUCUUAAAUGCUGCCACUAUUGCCAAGUCAGGUUCUGCUAUAGCCAUCCUAGGUUCAUAGGGGAUUACUAGGCUAAUGGCUUAAGAGCCCUUACAAGCCUAAGCCGGUAUAACCCGAUUUUACCCAAUAUUUGCCCCCUAGGGUAAGAGGAUGGCAUGAGUUUUUGCCUGUGCCUUGAGUAUGUCACUAAUGUCCCUUGUCCAUAAGGUACAUAGGUACUACCCCAGCUGUGAAUUUACAAUUCUGCAUCCAUUGAUCCAAACUGUAUUUGAAAAGGGCCAGCGAGGGGCUCUGAUGUGAAUAGGAAGCCUGUUCUAAAGAAGGGGCAAUCUCUUGGACUCGCAUCUGCGUCUCCUGCAUGUUUUGCUUGUGUCAUUGACUAAGUUUAGAUGCCUAGAUUGGGUUUGACUUGCCGAUGAGUAGCAAUUGCAUCAGGGCUGGAUUUGUGAGUGGCUUGUAGGUCAGGAAGACCUCACACCUUUGUAGUUGGCAGGGGACAGUGUAAAGGAAUUAGGGGUUUUAGUCUGUAUACAUAGGACUUGUUUAUACUCUGUAUUUUCUUUGUGAGGAACCUCUGACGUCACUUUAGCUGCUGUAAGAUCUAAAACUAUUACAGGGCCAACCACCAGUGAAUCUCAACACUGCUGCAGUAAUAAGCAAUACAGUUAACAUGGUACAGUUGUGUAGGAGCUUACUGUAACUGUAUUGGAGUUUGUUUGCUGUUGCAGAAAUACUUCUAUUCUCCACCCACAUCCUGCCUGUAGCUAAUUUGACUUCUGUCAGUACACCCCACCUCCACCACCAUUGCCUAAUCCUUUCAGGGAGCAUUUGGAAUUUGGAUGGACUGACAUCCUUGGGGGGGGGGGGGGGUGUAGGUUUAGACAAGACUUCUGUAACUGACAGAGGCCAGAACUGAAGGCAGUGUGGGUAUACUUCUUUUGUAGCACAGGUGUGCUGAUGUCUACCCAGUGGGAAAGGUUGAAGGGGUACUUUGGAAACUGUCUUCUUCUGAGGCAGAAGCCCUAAGAGUUAGCACCACUGUAAAAGUACUGAAUUGAGCUAUCAUAACUAAGAGUACAUUUUGUUUAAACAUUGCUAAGAUGUUUUUAGUCGAAAGGAUUGUAAAGAAGAUGAAGUUGAUAUUUUAUAAUGUACAGAUUUUCAAUACGAGUAGUAAAAUGUGUGUAAAUGCUGUAAUAUUGCUGAUUGUGUAUUAAUAUGGAAGUGUAGAGUAAAUAUUUUUCUGUAGCAACUAAUCUUUUGGUUUAUAAGACAAUAGUCUCAAUUUUGUAACAACGCAGAAUGCACUGUUCUCCCCUUUUGGGAUCUCUCUUAAAUAUGGUUGACUGCAAAAUUCCUUUGGUACGUACAAGAGUGGUCGUCAUCUCUGAUCCACACAGCUUACAUCUCCUCCGCUCAUUGGUUGCCCACCAAACUGAGUGGGAAUAUGGCUUGAGUGAUGGUCUUAAAGAUUAUUCUGUAAUGCCCUGUUUAAUUUUAGGGGAGAUGUGACCAUGAAGUCUAGAAAGUAAAUUAUGUAAUGCCAGAUUUUUGUGGCUGUCCAAGAACCAUUCUUGAUCUUGCCAUCUGUCUAGUUUGUGCUUAAAUUCAAACGGAUGUUAAUGUACUUCAAUUCACCACCUGUAAGCAAUUGAAAUUCUAUAGUACUUUGCCAAUACUGGCAUGUAGAAAGUCUUCUAGGGUCAUUUUCAUUGCCCUUUUAAGGUUAUGUUGUAUAAUAAAAUAAACAUACGUGCAUGAUGCCUUACAGAGCAAGUGGAACUUGGUGAAAUCUGGAUGUUAUAUCACUGUGCAUGCGCAAGUUAUAAGUGAUGUAUGUGAUUAACUGAAGGGUAGUGACUGGAUUUCAGCACUGCUGCCUUUAAAAAUACAUUUCCUUCUGGUUA